AUGGCGGGAGCGGGCCUGGCUGAGAUCCCCGAUGUGGACAUCGACUCCGACGGCGUCUUCAAGUACGUACUGAUCCGCGUCCACUCGGCGCCGCCUUCCGCCACCACAGCUGCGGAGAGCAAGGAGAUCGUGCGCGGUUACAAAUGGGCCGAGUACCACGGUGAGGCUGACAUCUACGACAAGGUUGCUGGGGAGAUCCAAAGAAAGGGCUACGACUGCGAGUGCCUGGGCGGCGGGCGGAUCUCGCACCAGAGCCAGGACAGGAAGAUCCACGUGUACGGCUACUCUAUGGGCUACGGGCGUGCCCAGCACUCCAUCUCUACAGAGAAAAUAAAGGCCAAGUAUCCGGACUAUGAGGUCACCUGGGCAGAUGACGGCUACUGA